AUGACGUCGGUGCCCGGCGGCGUUGUGGAGGUUGCUGUUGAACGUCGUGGAAGAGGAAGACCAAGGAAGGUUGCCGUCCCCAUGACGUCGGUUCCCGGCGGCGAUGUGGAGGUUGCUGUUGAGCGUCGCGACAGAGGAAGAACAAGAAAGGCUGCCAGUUUGGCUUCAGUUUACUCCAAUCCACCGUUUUACUGCAAUCCACCGCCUGAAACAAGCCAGCCUUUGCCCGGAACAGCCAUAAAGCCAAACCCCUUCCAUCACAACCUCAUCCUUUGUCAACGGAAGGAAAAAUCAAGUCUUUUCUUUACACAGACAUUUAGGAAAGAAGAGGAUGGAUUGAUACAGUUCUGGAAUCCCGUAAGAGACAAAGAUGGCUACACAGUGCUAAGUUUAUCAGAAGCUGAUCGAUCUCCCGGUUUGGGUCGUGCUACUACUCUCUAUACUGGCGGACUCCAUCGUUAUAGGUCCCAUAGCCUGAAUCAAUAUGGCUGCAGGGUGGUGGAAGAUGAUGGGAGUCCAGUUGGCCCUUUCGGGAGGGUGUUGAAACAGAAUUUCCCUGAGUAUUGUCCAAAUAUCGAAUGCUACUCCACACAGGAGUUUCCCUUGAGGGGUUUUGCUAUAACCUGUGGCAUUAAACAGUAUUGGGCUUUGCCCCUCUAUGAAUGUGUAUCGUGUACGACCUGUGUGAAGACUGAGUCUUUAAUCCCAUUCAACAGGAUCAUCCGUGCACUUAAGCUGAUAGGUCUUGGAUGUCCUUAUCUAUUUCCUAGGAAGAGCUACGAUGUAAGUUGA